AUGGCAGCCGUUAGCCGCGUGUCCCAUGGCCGCGCGCCCAGCUCAGGCACUCGCCCGCUGACACGCGUUAUACGGACGAGCAGUUCCAAUGGGCAUGGAACAAGGGACCAUAGGGUUGACCAGAACCGCGAUCGACGGCCAUGCAUUCUGAAUUGCUACACACUCACAGCUACCGGACAUGGAUCCCAAUCCAUUGCGGGUGUAUUGUGGAGAUGGGAGGUUCGCAUUCGCACUGGCUGCAAGAGCGGUGAGUAUCAUGCUGCACUGUGGUCGAGCAAAAAAAACCCACCCCGCCCAAUAGCACCAGCAACCUCGGUCAUUAACAUUCACCAUUUUGACACUCGAGGCGACACGUCAAUGUCGGAGCAUUCCACUGCGUUACCAGCAUGUCCCAAGCGCCAGCAUCCCACUCACGCCAGCGUGACAGCUGUGAUCGCCCUCUUACCGCCGCACGAACGCUCAUGCCUACCCUUUGUCCGUUCGCACCACGAUGCAUAUGAACCGCAUUCUAGCGCCAGGCGAGCAAAUACUCCGACACUAGGGCUCCAUGCGGAAUCGACGUCAAGGCCGUGCUGCAGAUGGCAGAUGGGAUCAUCCUAG